CCGAGGCAUUUCGGGAUGCCUUUUAUGCGGGCUAUUCCUUCUCUGUAUGGGCAGUGUCACAUUGCUGUGGCGGGGCUUCCUGUCCCGGUGCAGGAUAAACCCCACAGUCAUCCACAUCAGCUCCGACACCCCCCACACAGACACACAGAAAGACGACAGGACACUCAGAGGGACAAAAUGAUGUUCAUGCAGUCAGGCCUGGAUGACGUCACCAAGCAGAGAAUGUUGCAGGCUCAGAUGUUGUCUAAAGAGGCCAGAGGACGGCGUCUGAAUCUGGGGAAGAAGGUCAGUGUUCCAAAAGACGUGAUGAUAGAGGAGCUCACCCUGCCAUCCAACCGAGGCUCUCGCAUGUUUCAGGAGAGACAGAGGCGGGCUGAGAGAUUCACGCUGGAGAACGCAGACAACAGUGCUUACAACACCAUGAGUGCCCAUCCAGUGGCUGUUCCUCCCCCGCAAAUCAUCCAAAAGCCCCAGGGAGGAAAAGAAAACCACACUUUCCCUCUCCCUGGAUACUCUGCACCACUCAAGGAGAUUCCCCAUGAGAAGUUCAACACAACGGUGAUUCCCAAAUUCUACUGGUCUCCAUGGAGGGAAGCUUUGCGCCACGACAAGGAGCUUCUGGAAUCCCUCAAUGUUCAGCUGCCAUUACCAAAAAGUCCUCAGCUUACCCACUACAGGUGUUUCAACAGGUCUCCCAUGCCUUUUGGGGGUGCACUGUCCAGCAAGAGGGUGGUCCCCAUUAUAAGCUUUGAGGCCCAGGAAUCCCAAAACCUACCCGGCGCCACUUUGGAGCGUAUGUGUUAUAGGCCUAAUUUUAACAGAGCGCCCAGAGGAUGGAGAGGUUUUCAGUGCCCUGAAUCUAAUGAACUAUGAAAAAGGAUCAUGCCUCCGUUAGUUAUCAGCAACAGCAGGGGGAAGGGGGGAAAAAAACCCUUGCAUUAUAAAGUGGUUAGCUGCUACACUGAGUGGUCACGGCAGCUGAAGGAAAGUCAGGAUUUGAAAUCGUAAUUUUCAGUCAUGCACUCGAUUAGCAGGAUGCAGAAAACUGAUCAGUCACAGCCAACACUCAUUUGUACAGCAUGAUUGAAUCUAGGCUUGCAAACAUUGGAUUUUCAAAAGAUGGCAACUAAUAACAUAAUGAGAAUUUUAAAAACUUAAGGGAACUUCCUGAUCUUAACUUUUCCAGGAAAUUGAACAAACUUUCCAGAAAUGUACGACUUCUUUGUAACCUAUAUCAAAAUUUUCAACAAAUCUCUGUAUUUUUUUACUUUUUUCUGUCACAUUGAUUUGGAUUAUGAAUGGAAACAGAGACUCAAGACUGAAAUUAAUAUUUUUAAUAGGUGAAAGAAAUUUUCAAAGAAAUCCGAUCAAUAAACUAAGUCAUUACA